CGCAGCGCCCAAUGAUGACGUGUUCUCCUAGCGCCACGUCGUGAGGAAGUGUGGGCCCAUUGGGCCAACAGUUUUGUGAGCUUUGACAGAGCUGAUCAGGGUUAUUGGUAUCUUCUUGUUCUGACCUCAUCGUCUGCCAGGGCAAGAAUUAUGUCAUGGAUCAAGGAGGGAGAGCUGUCCCUUUGGGAGCGCUUCUGUGCCUACAUCUUAAAGGCAAGCCCAAUGCCCAAACACAUUGCAUUUAUAAUGGACGGGAACCGUCGCUAUGCCAGAAAGUGCCAAGUAGAACGGCAAGAGGGCCACUCACAGGGCUUCAACAAGCUGGCUGAGACCCUGCGCUGGUGUUUGAACCUGGGCAUCCUAGAGGUGACGGUCUACGCAUUCAGCAUUGAGAACUUCAAACGCUCCAAGAGUGAGGUAGACGGGCUAAUGGAUCUGGCCCGGCAGAAGUUCAGCCGCUUGUUGGAAGAACAGGAGAAGCUGCAAAAGCAUGGAGUAUGUAUUCGAGUUCUGGGUGAUCUACAUUUGCUGCCUCUAGAUCUCCAGGAGCUAAUUGCACAAGCUGUACAGGCCACCAAGAAUUACAACAAGUGCUUCCUGAAUGUCUGCUUUGCAUACACAUCUCGUCACGAGAUCAGCAAUGCUGUAAGAGAGAUGGCCUGGGGAGUGGAGCAAGGUCUACUGGAGCCCAGUGAUAUCUCUGAGUCUCUGCUUGACAAAUGUCUCUAUACCAACCAUUCUCCUCACCCUGACAUCUUAAUACGGACUUCUGGAGAAGUAAGGCUUAGUGACUUCCUGCUGUGGCAGACCUCUCACUCCUGCCUGGUGUUUCAACCCACUUUGUGGCCAGAGUACACAUUUUGGAACCUUUGUGAGGCCAUCCUGCAGUUCCAGAUGAGUCAUAACAUGCUUCAGCAGAAGGCCCGAGACAUGUAUGCAGAGGAGCAGAAGAGGCAGCAGCUGGAGAGGGACCAGGCUGCAGUGACAGAGCAGCUGCUUCGAGAGGGGCUCCAGGCCAGUGGGGACGCCCAGCUCCGACGGACAUGCUUGCACAAACUCUUGGCCAGACGAGAAGAGCGGGUCCAGGGCUUCCUGCAGGCUUUGGAACUCAAGAGGGCUCACUGGCUGACACGCCUGGGCACUGCAUCAGCCUGAGUGAGGCUGGCCCACUGCCACCUUGCCUUGCCCUCUGCCUCCAGGCCUCCGUUCCUCUUCCUUCUCUUGGUGAAAGGCACCUCCUUCCUGGUGAUAAAUUGUGAUCCCUUUGCUUGGCAGGAGAGCCCCAGAGGCCAGGUCUGCUGGUGAUAGAUACCUUUGGGCUGUCAAACAGUGACCCCUGGGGAGAGUUGAGGAUGUGAGUCUCCCACAACUCAUUAAAUCCCACUCUGGUUACCUGUAGGUUUGGGGAGCAGAAGCCCCAACUCUACCACUCCUGCUCAUUCCAUGCCUUUGCUACCCUGACCUGUGCUCCUGGAUGCACUUUUAUUUUUCUACUAAGCAUAUCCUUCAACACUGAAUUGUGGGGGAUUUAGGUUUUCCCCAAAGCCCUAGCCCUUUACUCAUCCAUCUUAGUCUCCCACCCGACUUUCACAAAAGAUUCAGCUCCACCUUGGAUCUGCUGGUAAAUAGCUAAUAGACAACCCGUAUUAUUUGGGCAAGGAAAGGGGAGGGAGAGACAGAAAGAAAAUUUGCCCAUCUGCUGCUCCUCCCCCUUGGCUCUCCACCUGGGAUUUGCUAUUGAAUCUCUACCCCCUCCCACCACGCAGUGCUGAUUGCUCACUGAAAGGCUCAGCGCCCCCAAUGGCGCUAGGAAGCCAGGCGGGUGAUUACAAUCCAAUUACCUAUUGUCGACUCAGCCCACACAAGCUUUUCUCCUCCUCUGGCAGGGCAUGGGGCCAGGCUUCACUCCCCAGUGAGACCAGCCCCCUCCAUGGCUACGGGAUAACAGAAGGGCCUAGAGGCCCUGGUGAAUCUAAUUCAGUACACCUUAGGAGCAAGAGCACAGAAACAAGCACUUCUCCGACUAUCUCUGUGCUCACUCUCUCCAACUGUGCUUCCCACCUCCUCAAUCUUUUAGACUUCUCACAGCUUUUUGACCUGACCCUCCAAAUAGACCCUGAGAUGAUUUAUAUGGCAGAUUCUCUGCUUGUGAGGACCAAGUUUGCCCAGCAGGAAGAAGGGCAGAGUCAGGGGCUGUGGCCUUCCCUUACUUCUCCCUGCCAGACCUCACUGCAGAGCUAUUGAGAGGAUUAGUACAUUUGAAGAGAGCUCUCUGCCUGAGCAGGUGCCCCCAAGAGGCUAGCACCAGCAAGUAAUACCAUCCAAAUACUAUUUAGUCUUCCUAACUUACUUUCUACAAUCAGUUUCCCCAAGCACUUCCAUCUAGAGGGAAGGUGGGAUCUUGCAAGCAGAAUUAAAAGCACACCCUUCAAGUUUU